AAGCAGCAGAAAACAACAAACGAGCAUAUAGAAACUAAAUAACAAAAUUUACUACAAAAAUGGAUAAAUUGACCACAAUUAGUGCCACUCUAUUCAUGGCUGCCGACGUGUUUGCUAUUGUAAGCCUAGCACUACCAGAUUGGAUCAUCACAGAGUCGGGAACAGGAGAUAUACGGCUUGGACUCAUGUGGACCUGCAUGACACUGUACAAUCGGCCACAGGUCUGCUAUACGCCAGAUCUGCAACCGGAGUGGUUCAUUGCCCUUGUCUGCAUCUUCACCGGGUGCAUUUGCGUGACCACCACAGUUAUACUGCUGGCCUCGUCUUCCUGCAAUCGCAACGUAAUUCCGUACGCCCGCUGGGUGGGCUUCACGGCAAUGGUGCUAUUCUGCAUGGCAGCAGUUGUCUUUCCACUAGGCUUUCACGUGGAGGAGAUCGGCGGCCAGGCCUACCAACUACCUAACACCUUUAAGAUUGGAAUUUCCUACAUAAUGUUCGUUUUAGCCCUGUGGAUCACGGUGGUCUCGGAACUGUUCGCCGGCAAGGUGUGCCUGCCCCAUUUCUAGAGACGCGCCAGCAUUGGACACUUUUUGAUUUUGUUUGCCGUUUGCUCUGUGAUUUGUUAUACCUUCUGUUUCUCUCUCAUCUUUCUCAUACUCAACACCAGCAAUCUCCCUAAUUUUUAAGUGUAUUUUAGUU